AUGGAAGAACACCACGAUGUUUCUGGAGGGGUUUCAUCGAUUCCCAGAUCCGAUUUAAAGAUCGGAGGCGCUGAAUUGGAUGAAAGACAUGAAUUGAGUAAAAUUCAACCGGUUACCCCAAUUCUAAAUUCAGGUAACAGUGGUCAUGCUUCUAAGGCCAAUGAAAUGUCUCAAGUUGGUAAAGUUAAAGAAGGAAAGAGUAACCAGACUGAAUUGCUGGGUCAAGAGGUCAAUCCUUUAUCCAGUAAGCUUCAUCUCAACAUAGAUGUUGAUUGUGAGAAGCGAAGUUUGGUGAAGAGAAGUGGACUAGAGCUUCAGGACCAUGCUGUUUCCAGCUGCGUGAAUGAUGAGUUAUCAUCGGUUUGUUCCUCCAGGAGACACGAUAAAUCAAGUUCGACUGAUGUUUACUCCGAGUGUGGGAGUUCCAAUGUACCUGUUGAGGAAAAAGAUCAGGGGAUGAAGCGGUGGGAAGCAAUGAAACAGAACGGGUUUCUUUCUAAUCCACACGGUGGGAUUUCAGUAACAUCAAGCAGCUGCGUCGUCUCAUCUUCUCAUGGAGGAAUACCUGUGCCAAGGAAACGUGGUCGCAAAAUCAAGAACAACAAUAAUGACGCUGCAAUGGUGAAGAAGAGAAAGAUAGAGAUUGCAAGGAAGGAAGAAGUUGACAGGUUUGCUAGGCUAGCUGCUCCUAGUGGACUGCUCAAUGAACUGAACCCUGGGAUUAUAAACCACGUGAGAAACAAGAAGCAAGUACUGUCCAUUAUUGAAAGCAUUGUCAAGUCUGAAAGAGAUUCUGGAAACUUCUAUCACCACUCGAUGAGGCAUAGUAAUACUACAGCUGGGACUUCCAGGAAGCACUUGGAAGAUGUGAACACUGAUGGCUUCAAGUAUGCCAUGCCAGAAGAUAGCUACUCUAUGCGAUACUACGAGGAGAAGUACGCAGAUGGUGAGCUCAGUGAAGAAAACAAUACAUUUGGGUCGAGGUUGCAGGGAGCAAGUAAAUUCUCGGAGAAUGCCAGUUCCUUGUCGAGCGAGGACACGGCAGAUCUUAACUGUGCUAGUGUUCUCACUGUAAAAGCGGCUACAGUAGCUUCUCAAUGGUUAGAAUUGCUUCAUCAGGACAUCAAAGGACGUGUUUCUGCUCUUCGGCGUAGCAAGAAGAGGGUUCGAGCAGUUGUUAUGACAGAGCUACCUUUAAUAAUAAGGAAAGAAUUCCCAACUGAUCAAGAGAAUGACCCAAAUUUACUCCUCCAUGGGGCUUCCAGGGCUUCAACAGUCGAUAUCCACAAGGCCAGAUGGAUGGCUCUGUUUAGCCAACUCGAACAAACGCUAUCAGAAGAAGAGAAACAAUUGGAAAGCUGGUUAAACCAAGUGAGAGAACUGCAAAUACAUUGUGAAAGUGGUCUGCAGCAUUUGAGCUUGACUUCUGGUCAGAAUUUCUUACAGUUAGGAAUGCCAAUGCACUCUAGAGCUGCGGAUGCGUUGGUCUCAGAUAAGGAUUUGGUGGUUAGAGCAGCCGCAGCCUCCAUAUACUCGACCUGCAAUUUUCUAGCAUCAAAGGAGAACAUAACAUGUACCUGA